AUGAUUUGGGAUUCCAGCAUAGUUGCAAGGCCUCUGUCUAAAAAGAAGCAAGUCUCAAAAGGUGACAAAGGCUUAUCCACUUCUAAACGAAACACAGGAAACUGUCAUAAUCCUCCCCAAUCUCAAGCAAAUCAACCUGAUUUUUCUCAACCAAUUGAUAAUUCUCCAUCUCAAGAAACUGAAAAUAGCCCUCAAAAUUUAGGAGGUGAAGCAGAAAUAGGAGCUAGUUCAAAUCCUAGGACUGAAGCUCCAAACGAUGAAGAAAGAUUAAAUGUGGUUGAUGUUGUAAAUCUUUCUCAUGACCCGGGACUAAGAAAAAAGAUAUAUGAGUUUCAUCUAGAUGACAGGGAUCUUAAUGAAAAUUCACCAGGUGGAGAUGCUUUUGUAAGUGGUGGAUUUAGAGCUUGGAAUAAAACAAAUGCAUAUGAUAAGCAUUUUGGAGGAAAUAUGAGUGCCCACAAUCAAGCUAUGGGGAAUUUAAAUGUUUUUAAAAAUCAGAAGGGUUCCAUUGCAUGUGGUUUAUCUAAGAAAACUGAGGAUACUAUGAGGUUACCGCAACGUGGUCAUGAUGAAAGUGAGUCUUCGUCGAAUCGAGGUAAUUUUCUAGAACUUCUGAAAUUUCUUGCAACUGAAAAUUUUGAUGUUCGGCAAGUAGUUCUUGAAAAUGCUCCGAGUAACUCUCAAAUGACAUCUCCUACUAAUAAAAAAGACGUCAUUAAUGUUUGUGCAAUAGAAUUAACCAAAGCAAUAAUUGAUGAAUUGGGAAGUGAUUUAUUUGCUAUUCUUGCUGAUGAGUGUGUUGAUAUAUCUGAUAAAGAACAAAUGGCUCUUUGUUUGCGAUACAUAAAUAAAAGAGGAGAGGUGACUGAACGCUUUCUUAGUAUUAUCCAUGUUGUUGAUACCAAAUCUCUGACCCUAAAAGCUGCAAUUGAAUCCUUACUUAUGGAGCAUUCUCUCACUUUUUCUAAAGUUCGUGGUCAAAGUUAUGAUGGUGCCAGAAAUAUGCAAGGUGAAAUUAACGGCCUUAAAACUUUGAUUAAAAGUGAAUCCGAAUCUGCAUAUUUUGUUCAUUAUUUUUCCCAUCAACUCCAAUUGACUCUUGUUGUCGUAGCUAAGAAAAAUGCUGAUUGUGGGUGGCUAUUUGUUGAUGUGCUUGCACCAUUAUUGAAUUUUGUGGGUGGUUCACCUAAGAGAAAAGAGUUUCUUCGACAAAAACAGGAUGAACAUGUUGCGGAGGCACUAACUUUGGGUGAACUUGAAUUGGGAACUGGUUUAAAUCAGGAGCGUAGCUUGAGUAGACCCAACGAUACUCGUUGGGGUUCUCACUUUAGAACCAUUUUGAAUGUGCUUAAUUUGUAUCAUGAUUCUUGA